UCAGCUCGCUCGGAGAGCACCAGGAGGAGCGGACGUGGUGGAGAGGAGGGUGGCUGCUAGAUCAUUCAACAGCAGUGUUAGGGAGGAGAAGAUUGAGAGUGAAGGUGUUCCAGUGCUGCUGCUGCUUGGGGAAGAGGCUGACACAGCAUCAGAUGUGGAAGGAGCAUCAGUCAAGUUCUCAUCCUGGGUUUUUGGCCCGAUGAUUGUAGCCCGAAAAGGAAAAGGAGGCAGCAGAACCAGGACGGCCAUGGAAAUCAACCUCAGCCAGAAUGUGGCUUGGCUCCUGCCUUUCUUCUUCCUGCUGGUGAUGGUCAAUGUUUGGUCCUCCCAGGGCCAAGGAUGUCCUCAGCGUUGCGACUGCAUCGGCAAGCUCAAGACCGUCUCCUGCCGCGGUAAGCGUCUGUCUACACUACCUGAAGGCAUCCCUAUGGAUACCAGAAUCCUGGACCUGAGUGGGAAUAAACUGCGCUGGGUGGAGCAUGGUGACCUGCUUCCCUUCCUCCGCCUGGAGAGGCUUGAUCUCAGCGAGAACAUGAUCAGCGUUUUGGAACCAAAUGCCUUUUCUAGUCUCCAGAGUCUGCAGUCGCUUUCCCUCAGGGCUAACCAGCUGAAACUGGUCCCCAUGGGGACUUUUUCACACCUGUCCAAUCUCACCUCACUGGAUCUUAGUGAGAAUAAGAUUGUGAUUCUUUUGGACUUUACUUUCCAAGACCUUAAAAGUCUGAGGAAGUUAGAAGUUGGAGACAAUGAUCUGGUGUAUAUUUCUAACAAGGCCUUUUUGGGUCUGGUGGGACUGAAGGAGUUAACCAUUGACAGGUGCAACCUGACGUCUGUGUCAAGCCAGUCUUUGUCUUACCUUCACAACCUGGUCACACUGCGACUGCGCUACCUCAGCAUCUCCACCUUAGAGGACCAGAACUUCCGUAAGCUAGGAAACCUGAGGGCCCUGGAGAUCGACCAUUGGCCCUUUUUGGAGUUCAUCUCCUCCCACGGCCUGCAGGGUCUCAACUUGUCGUGGCUGUCUAUCACGCACACCAAUCUCACCUCUGUGCCCACCUCUGCCCUACGCAGCCUCUCUCACCUCACCAGCCUCAACCUGUCCUUCAAUCCUAUUUCCGUCCUGGAGUCCUGGGCACUGAGGGACCUUCUCAGGCUAAAGGAGCUCCAUCUGGUCAACACCAGGCUGGUGACGGUGCAGCCAUACGCACUGGGCGGUCUCAGACAAAUCCGCCUCCUCAACCUCUCAGCCAACAACCUUGUUACCCUGGAGGAGGGUGCUUUCCAGUCGGUCAACACUCUGGAGACCCUGCGUUUGGACAGGAACCCAUUGGCGUGUGACUGCCGCUUACUUUGGAUCCUUCAGCGCAGGAAGACGCUUAAUUUCGACGGUGCGUCCCCCGUGUGUAUGACGCCUGUCGAGGUGCAGGACCGAGCUCUGAGCGCCUUCACGGACUCAGCCCUCUUUGACCAUUUCACAUGCCAGAAGCCCAAAAUCCGCAACAGGAAACUGCAGCAGAUAUCGGCUCGUGAGGGGCAGGUGGUGUCGUUCAUUUGCAGGGCGGAAGGAGAGCCCACACCGGUCAUAUUCUGGAUAUCCCCUCAGCGCCGUCGCAUUACCACUAAGAGCAGUGGCCGCUUGACGGUAUUAAAAGAAGGCACCUUAGAAAUAAGGUAUGCGCAGGUGAUGGACAGCGGAACCUACAUUUGCAUCGCCAGUAACGCUGGCGGGAAUGACACUUAUUUCGCUACUCUCACAGUCAGUGGUCUCCCGCUCGACGCCGCCCUAAUGGCCAACCGCACCUACUACGCCGGAGACCUUAACGACACCAACCUGAACGAUACCAGAGUCUUUCUGAAGUUCACUCUGGACCUCAAGACCAUCCUCAUCUCCACGGCAAUGGGCUGUAUCAUGUUCCUGGGCGUCGUCCUCUUCUGUUUCAUCCUGCUCUUCGUGUGGAGUCGCGGGAAAGGACAACACAAAAACAAUUUCUCAGUGGAAUACUCUUUCAGAAAGGUUGACGGACCUGCCACCAGCGGAGGGCAGGGGGGUGCACGCAAGUUUAACAUGAAAAUGAUUUGAUCCAACAGGUGGAGGUGUACUUUUUUAGUACUACCUUGCUAAAACCUGUGGGGGCAUCAGGACUCAGCGCCUUGCCUAAGAGCACCUAGAAAGGGGCAAACUAGUGACCGAUGUACAAAUUCAGCCGGGGUAAGCUCUAGCUCCCCCAUGAGCUUGAACAGUACUGUUAAGCAUUCUAGAAAAUGAAUGAAUGAACUUCUCCUUUCCUUGAUGCUCUUUUUAAAUGUCAGACACAUUCAUCAUUUGGUCUUUGUGUUCGCAACAUUAAACACAACCUGAGUAUACAUUUUGGGGAAAAAGACAGACUUCACUAAAAGAAAACUUGUUGGAGGAACCAAAAAAUGUCUAUUUUUACGAGAAUUUAGUCACAUUUCUUACGACAAGUAUCAUCAAAGAUCGGAAUAGUGAGUGUUAGCAUGUCUGUCCGACAGACUGAAGCAACUUUUUAUGUGUGGAGUUUGAAUGUUCUCCCUGUGCUUGUGUGGGUUUUCUCCCACAUCCCAAAAAUGUCAGGCUAAUCCAUCCAUUGACUACCGCUUGAAGCAAUGAAGAGGUGGGGACUUGCGGAAGAUGCCUCCUGUGAGUGUGGGGACCCAGUCCAGACAGUAGAGCAUAUAGUAACUAGUUGCCCCAAACACCGGCCACCGAAUGGCGAACAAGGUCUGAUUGACCUGGACGAUGACACGUUGACCUGGCUUGCCUCAACAGAGCUGAAAAUCUAAAGACACACGACAGAAGACAGAAGAAGAAGACUACCGCUUGUCCCUUUUCAGGGUCGCGGGGGGUGCUGAAGCCUAUCUCAGCUGCAAUCGGGCGGAAGGCACGGUACAUCUUGGACAAGUUGCCAUCUCAUCACAGGGCUAACACUCACAUUCACACACUAGGGCCAAUUUAGUGUUGCCAAUCAACCUAUCCCCAGGUGCAUGUCUUUGGAGGUGGGAAGAAGCCGGAGUACCUGGAGGGAACCCAAGCAGUCACGGGGAGAACUAACCGGAGGCUCUAAAUCAGGCCUGGGAAAUUAUUUUGAUUCGGGGGCCACAUUUAGAGAGAAAAAAUUUGUCUGGGGGCCGGUAUAUCUAUUUUUAGGAACACUAGUACCAAACCUUACAAUAAUGUCUGAUUAAUGCUAAAAACUUAAUGACAGACCGCCUUAAAAAACGUAAUGGAAUUUUACAUUUUUCUAUGAAGGAUAAAACACUGAAUAUUGACAAAAUAUGAACGUCUCCCCCCCUUUCGAUCGACACAUUUUACAAUCAAGUGAAACGCAACAAAAAUGCAACAAACAGUAAAAUAUGAACGCGAAGGGUACAAAAUAAACCCACCUACAAUCUGAUACAUCUGAUAUUUGCUGAAUUCCCUCCAGGUAUCAAUAAAGUACUUCCUAUUCUAUUAAAUUCUAUAUAUUACUAAGCUUUAGAACUUUGUUGUGAAAAUCUCCUUCCGCGUCUGUGGAAACGCUUCCCGCCCACACUGCUUGGUGCCUCGUCUGAGCUGCUGUGGCGUAGAUGACCAUAGUAAUUAAUUAGAUGACCAUAGUAACUAAUUAGAUUACCAUAGUAACUAGUAUAUCAUCCAACCAUUGAAAUACUUUGUAUAGUUGAAGACUUACGGUCAUUAGAAAACAUCACUGCACAUCAUAAUGGCAGCUACAGUUUCCAUCUUAAAGCAUACUUGCCAACCCUCCCAAAUUUUCCGGGAGACUCCCGAAAUACAGCGCCUCACCCGAAAACCUCCCGGGACAUAUGUUCUCCCGAAAAUCUCCUGAUUUUCAGCCGUAGCUGGAGGCCACGCCCCCUCCAGCUCCAUGCGGACCUGAGUGAGGACAGCCUUUUUUCACGACGGGAGGACAACAGGGUGACAAGAACUAAAUCAUCCAGACUAGAGAUAAAUUGUAUUAUUAUGUUUAUCUUACCUA